AUGGGUAACGGCACUUCUCGUGUUGUUGGUUGUUUGGUUCCAUUCAAUGCCAAAAAUGGUGUUGAUUUGGAGUUUUUGGAGCCAUUAGAUGAAGGUUUAGGCCAUUCCUUUUGUUAUGUUAGGCCAAACAUUUUUGAAUCUCCUGCUAUUAGUCCAUCAAACUCUGAGAGGUUUACUGUUGAUUCAAGUACACUUGAUUCUGAAACCUUGAGUGGAUCCUUUAGGCAUGAUAGUAUGGAGGAUUCUAAUGGUAUGCAUAAUAAGCAGGUUAAGAAUUUCCCCGAAACUACGUUUAAAACGAUUUCGGGGGCUUCUGUUAGCGCUAAUGUAUCCACUGCAAGAACUGGUGGUAACCAGAGUGCAUUUUUUGCUGGUGAUGUUUUGGAACCUGCUGCAUCAUUUGAAGGAACUGCUUCAUUUGCUGCGAUUCCUUUGCAGCCGGUUCCUCGUGGUUCUGGACCUUUGAAUGGCUUUAUGUCUGGUCCUUUGGAGAGAGGGUUUGCGUCGGGUCCGUUGGAUAGAGGUGGUGGUUUCAUGUCGGGGCCGAUUGAGAAGGGAGUUAUGUCUGGUCCUCUUGAUGACACUGAUAAAUCCAACUUUUCGGCUCCGCUUGCGCGUGGUCGUCGGAGGCCGCGUCUCCAAAAUCUCAUGAGAAGUGUUAGUGGACCGAUGAAGAACACAUUUUCUCGAACGUUCUCUAAGCGUUCCAUGGGUGCAAGUUGGAUGCAAAGGUUAAUAUUUCAACCGGUUAGUCAAUUCGCGUGGAAUUCCCGAGAUACAAAGUGUAGGCCGGAAGUAUCUAGGAACUGUAUUGAUGUUGGACCGUUUGAAACUGAGUAUAAACACACACAUAAUUUGCAGUGGGCUCAGGGAAAGGCCGGUGAAGAUAGGGUUCAUGUAGUGCUUUCUGAAGAACAAGGGUGGUUGUUUAUCGGGAUAUACGACGGAUUUAGUGGACCAGAUGCUCCUGAUUUUUUGAUGAGCAAUCUUUAUAGAUUUAUGGACAAAGAAUUGGAAGGUUUACUUUGGGAUUAUGAAGAUAAUCCUGUUGAUCCACUUAAACCUGAAGUCCCUGAAACUGUAAAAUCUACUGUUGCUCCAGAUUGUAGUAUACCGGAAAUGGAUACUCAUCGUACUAAUUCUAAUCAUGAAUGUGUUGAAGAAGCUUCUUGUCCUGAAUCAAUCAAGGAUGAAUCAUUUAAGAGUGAGAUAGUUGAGGAAAAUGCUGAAGUUAAUGGAAAUGUUGAACACCAGUUAUCUAAUUGUGGAAGUAACUCGUUGCCUGUUCCUAAUUCUGCUCAACUUGAAAAGUUAACCGGAAAAGGUAGAAAAAGUUUGAGGCUUUAUGAGUUACUUCAAAUGGAAUCUUGGGAUGAUCAAGGUUUUUUGUCAGACUCGGGACAAUGUAAAGAUUCUUCAGUUUUGAAGGAGUCAAAACUAGAUUCACAUAUGAGACCUUGCUUGUCUAAUGUAAGAGAAAAUGGCUCUAGACAUCAGGAUGAAGGCCCCUCUACAUCAGGAGAAAAUGGAGGCAGUAGGUUUGGUUCAACCGACCAGGAGCACGAAGCUGUUUUUUCUGUUUCGGGAUCUAGGCGGAAUUCAAAAAAAUCAUUUAUCAGUGCAAAAAUUAAAAGAAUGUACAGGAAGCCAAAGUCCUUGUGUAAGAAACUUUUUCCUUGGAGUUAUGAUUGGCAUAGGGAGGAAAGUUGUGUUGAUGAGAAAAUAUUUGAAGCCUCGGGGCCUAUUAGAAAAUGCAGGUCUGGAGUAGAUCAUAAUGCAGUUUUAAGUGCAAUGGCUCGAGCUCUUGAAAGAACAGAAGAGGCAUACAUGGAAAUGGCGGAGCGUAAUCUGGACAAAAAUCCAGAACUUGCUAUUAUGGGAUCAUGUGUUCUAGUGAUGCUGAUGAAGGAUCAAGAUGUUUAUGUCAUGAAUCUGGGAGAUAGUCGUGUGAUUUUGGCUCAAGAAAGAUCAAACGAUCGUCAUCCUAAUUCAUGUUCUGUCAAGGAUGACGCAAGGCAUAGAAAUAGAUCUAGAGAGUCAUUAGUACGCAUGGAGCUUGAUAGGAUUUCAGAGGAGUCACCAAUUCACAACCAUAACAAUCAUGUUAACAAGAUGAACAAAAACCGCGAGAUAUCCUUUUGCAAAUUAAAAAUGAGGGCUCUGCAACUUUCUACGGAUCACAGCACUGGUAUCGAAGAGGAAGUUUUCAGAGUAAGAGCAGAACACCCUGAUGAUAGUCAAGCCAUAUUAAACGAUCGAGUGAAAGGACAUUUAAAAGUUACGAGAGCAUUCGGUGCCGGGUUCUUGAAGAGGCCGUCUUUUAACGAAGCUCUACUGGAGGUGUUUCAAGUUAAUUAUGUUGGCUCUGCUCCUUACCUAAGUUGUACUCCUUCCGUUCUUCACCACCGACUUUCCUCAAGUGAUCGAUUCUUGGUGCUUUCCUCUGAUGGGCUUUACCAAUAUUUCAAUAAUGAAGAGGUAGUUGCUCAUGUCACAUGGUUCAUGGAAAAUGUCCCAGAAGGUGAUCCUGCACAAUACCUUAUUGCAGAGCUUCUCUUCUGUGCUGCUAAAAAGAAUGGAAUGAACUUUCAUGAAUUGCUUGAUAUUCCUCAUGGAGACCGACGUAAAUAUCAUGAUGAUGUUUCUGUCAUGGUGGUUUCUUUGGAGGGAAGGAUUUGGAAAUCAUCAGGAUAAAUAACUCCUUUUAAUUUUCUUCCUUUUAUAAAUGCUUCUCGGUUUUAUUUUUUGCUAGGUUCCCCAUAAUUUGCAUAUUUCUCUUGAUAUUGAAACAAUUUUGGGCCAGUUAAAUUAUUUUAGAAAUUCAAAUUAGUCUCUUAAUUUAUAUUUUCUUCUUCUAAUCCACCGAAAUUAGGGUUGUUGACCUCAAUAGGCUUCACAAGGUAUCAUGGUUGUAAUUAGUCUCUAUUUUUGGAAUGCAAUAUGUUUCAGAAACUCAA